AUGCCAGCGCUUCCUUCGACCUUACUACUGAAUGCCAUUACCAGUCGAAACGUAACGCUAGAAUCUGCUAUUGCCCUGACUUCAAAUGCUACCAAUGCUACCAACACAGAUGAAAUUGUCCAGGUCAUUUGCGCCUGGCCGGUGUCAGGGCAGUAUGGUCCGGGAUCGAGGGUUUUGUACUAUGUCCUUGUAGCAGCUUGUGUCUUUGCUCGAAAAGCAGAAUGGCUUAGGAACGCUUGUCUAGCAGCUGCUUUAAUUUUCCCUGCUGUUGCAGCUCUUCAUGGUAUUGUUCUCGCCGCAGUACACGUAGAUACUGCUGUUGAUAUGGACAUCUAUGGGGCCUUUCAGUUUUGCUCGAUUGGAAUACUAGCAGCUCCAUUGUCAGUCAGGAUAUCUCGAACCUAUUUCGAAAACCCUGGCCGGAACAUAAUCUUUCUUUGGACUGGCAUUGUUCUCUCUGGUCUGCUUAGUUUAACAGUCGAGUUCUUCCGGAUCACAACAUCACCUUGCACGCACGACGAGUCAGGCCACCCUAUUCCUAUUCAUGACCAUAAGGAUUUCCCCUACGAGAAUGCCUUUUGUAACCUCACCUGCUCCAUCGAGAAGGGGCCUUGGUCUCCCCUACGGCAAGGGGCUACCAAUGAAAUAUACGUCAUACCGGCACCGAGCAGACUUGCGUUCAACGCGGUUACGCUUCUCGCAGCAGCUUGCUGUAUCCCUGCUGUCCUCUCGCUCGUGUCAAUGUGGAAUAAAAUCCUUGAGAUUAACUGGAAGUCAAGGUUCGGUCCGGCAAAGGGGGACCAGCUGAUUGAAGGGACGAAUGGCGCUACCGUCGAGACGAUGAGUAAAGUUAACCACGUCGUCAGGCUUUUCUUAAGCACCCUAGAGGUUCCUCUAUUCAGCGCUGCAGUAAUUGCCAUCAUCAUAUUCGGCGAAUUGAACUUCUUUAGUCCCGAAGUCUCAUACCAGACUGAACCGAUGGGUAGCAUAGGACAAGUUAGUAACUAUAUUCAUCCCAAAUUGGAGUAG